AGUUUAAGACCGGAAAUAUUAUUUUUGAAUAUGUUCUCUCCCUGCAAAACUUGACGAUGUAAAUAAUUCACAUCAAAAUUCAAUCUAUGCUUGGCUUAUCACUAAAUUUUACCGUCGCAGCUUUUUGUUGAAAUUACAAAUGAUUAUGGACGACAGUUCAAGAUAUGAGUCAUGAUUGCAUAGUUUAUCCAAUAUAAAGUAUGGUCAUACAAGAGGUAUUAUGGGAUCACAUCUAGGCUCACAGAGAAAGUAGAUUUCAUAAGUGGAAGAUGCACAGUCUCAAAGCUUUCCCUGAUGGAUAAAGAAAGUCGGAGUCUUGUGCAAGAGGAAAAUUCUGUAUGUAAUUAUGAAAGCAACCUUGCUGAUACUUCACAGACAUCUUCCAUUGAUGAAAAUCAACAAAGCUUCAAAGUCUAUAAGAGACGGUGGUACAUUCUAUCCCUGUUUGCAUUUUUUGCAUUUACCCAGUCUCUCCACUGGAAUACUUGGCCUCCUAUUGCUCAAACAACUAAUGAAUUGUUUGGUUGGACAAUUAGCAAUGUUGCUUUACUCACUAACUGGGGACCAAUCACAUAUACUGUUUGUGCUUUACCUAUAUCUUGGGUGAUAGAAACUAAAGGACUCCGGACAACAUGCCUCAUCACUUCUUUAUGUCUUUUCCUUGGAUCUGGUAUCAGAAGCAUCACAUUAAAGACCCCAUACGUUUAUUGGCUCAGUAAUGUGGGUCAAAUCAUAAUUGGCUUUUCAGCUCCAUUUACAAUCUCAGCCUCCACAGCUUUGUCCUCAGCUUGGUUUCCAAUGCAUCAACGCUUCACAGCAACUGCCAUUGCUAAUGUGUUUCUUACUCUAGGUGCUUCAGGAAGUUUGUUUGUUGGUCCAUUGAUUGUGUCUACAAAUGCCUCCCUUAGCAACAGUACUUCUAACAGCAGUUCCCCUGCGAUAAAUUCUUCAGUUUAUGAAGAUCAGUUAGAAAAAGAAAGAAUUGAACUUAGAACCCUUCUCUAUUCAGAGCUUGGAAUGUCUGCAGUCAUUUUCUUUCUGGUUAUUGUCUACUUUCCUAAUAAACCACCAUCACCUCCCACAAUGUCAGCAGGAAUGGAAAGAUUACACUUCAGAGAAGGUAUCAAGAAUCUAAUGAAGAAUUACAGAUUCUGGAUGUUGGCUGCUAUUUAUACACUUUGUUCUGGUGUCAUUUCCAGCUGGUUAGCAGUUAUCUAUAUCAAUUUAAAGCAUCAUCAUAUUUCACAGAAAAGUGUUGGAAUAUUUUCCAUUUACAUUGGAAUUGGUAGCUGUUUGGGAUCGCUAGUACUGGCAAGGUUAGCAGACAUGUUUGUGAACUACACUAGAAUAUUUCUCUUAGCUCUCAUUACAAUCUCCAUUGGACUGCUGACAUGGUUCCAGUUGAUGUAUGAAAAUGUCCUCCACAUCACAGAUGUUCAGCUGACCUUGUCAAUAACCCUUUCUAUGAUAUUCCUCACAUCUAUCUACCCAAUCCUUUAUGAAAUGAGUUCUGAGGCAGCAUUCCCUAUUGCAGAAGGAGUCACUAAUGGAGUUUUAAAUCUGCUUGCCAAUGCUGUGUCUUUGGUUUUCUUGUUAAUUCUCAUGAUACCUAAUAUUGGUGUAUCAUGGAUGAACUGGACACUACUGACCGCAGUCAUUUGUGUACUUCCAGUUAUCUGUGCUUUCAGGAACAAAUUUCGUCGCAUCGAAAUCGACAAGAAAUAUUUAUCUCCCAGCUAACCUGAGACUGAAUCCUUCCUCUCAAGAACAAUUUUCCUACUCUCAAGUGAUGAUUAACAGAAAUACAUAUGCAUGUGUGUGUGUGUGUGUGUGUGUGUGUGUGUGUGUGUGUGUGUGUGCGUGCGUGCUAAUUAGAGUAUGGAAUCAGUCAAAACUCUUUAUACAUAAUAAUCUGAGUUUCAAAUCAACUCUUGUGAAAAAUUGUAUAUAUUUGGUUUGGAUUCUUACUACCAUAGCGCUUAAGUCAUUAGUCAUAUCUCAACUGGAUUUCAGCAACUCAACAUAUUGAAGUAGUAGGUUUACUUCCAAUACAAACACACAUUUAGCGUGUAUGGUAUGUGUGUGGGUAUGUUUCUUUUAUGUAUAUAUACAUAUCUGCACAUGUCUCUAUAGAAUAAUUAUGAAUAGUGUAUGAUCAGACUGCUUUUCGAUAAUAUAAAUGACUUGAAAAAUAAACAGAUGGGUGUGGGAAAAAGUGUUGUUCUAUUUUAUAUAGGUUAAAAUUAUUUUUCUGAUGAAUACUAGCAUUAUAUUGUGUCCCUGGGCUGGGUGCUUUGUUGUAUACAUGUGCCUUAUUACACCUAGCAGUAAGUGGUUAGCAUUAGGAAGGGUUAUCCAGCUGUAGAAACUUUGCCAAAUCAGAUCGGAACCUGGUGCAGUCCCCCUGGGUUACCAGUUUUCAGUCGGACUGUCCAACCUAUGCCAACAUGGAAAGCGGACAUUAAAUGAUGAUGAUGAUGAUGAUGAUGAUGAUGAUGAUGAUGAUGAUGAUGAUGCUGUUCCUUUCACUUUUAGUCUUAUUGCAUUGUCAAACGCAGUGUAUCUAUUCUACAAGGAGGGUACACAUAGUGAAUAUAUAUAUAAUAGUUUUCAGAAGGGCAUUGAGCUAUAGAAGCUAUGUCACAAAUAUAGAUCCAUCAACAUUGCCUUGACAGGCAAAAAUAAUCAACUCAGACUGUGAUGAUCUGUCCAACUCCCCAGUCCAUUCCAUCAUGAAAAGUGCACAUAAAAUGAUUACAACGAUGAUAAUAUAUGUGUGUGUGUGUGUUUAUGUAUUUAUAUAGCCAUCUGUCUUCUCUGCCCAGUGUUCCUUGUAUGGUCAUGGAGUUAGAGUCCCUAGGUACUUCCUCCAUAGAGUCUUGGAUUCCCAAGCAUGACCAACUGAUACCAUGUAUAGUUUCCAACCAUCCUGUUCUAUGUAUACCUCUAAGCCUCUUGCCAGUUGAAUUGGUUUGAAGAAUAUGUACCCCAACCUCUACAGAUAUUAAUACAUGUAGAUAAUGUAUACAUAUCUGUAUAUGAAUAGAUAUACCAUAAAUUCUGGACUACAGAGCACACCUGAUUAAAAGCCGCAUGCUCUAAUUUUGGAAAGAAAAUCAAUUUUGUACUUGUACAAGCCACCCUGGAUUUUAAGCCGCAAGUAUCCAACGUUGUAAUAUGAAAUAUUUACACAGAAAGAUAUUACAUGUGAAGAUUUUUUAAACUUUUAAAUUUAAUCCGUAUGGUAGAAUAAACAAACACAUAUUGAAUUGUGAAAGUUCUCUUGAUUUAUCGCCCAAUUUCAUUGGACUUCUGUGACCUACUCAUCAAUUUGAUUGGUCUACUGUUGCGAGGCAAAAUGUUUUUCAUGGCAUGACAAAAAAAAAAACAUGCAUUAGCCGCACCACAGUAUUGGCCGCAAUGUUCAAAGUGUGGGAAAAAAGUAGCGGCUUAUAGCUCGGAAUUUAU